AUGGUCGAUUUUGUGUCUUCGGAUUCCGGCCAGAACAGAUGCGCAAUUACACAUCCUCUGGCGCGCGGCGUGCAAGGGCUCUUCGUCAGUGGGUUCGAGCUGACGAUAGCUGUUUUCAUACUUUGCAGCUUCGGAACCACAUUUUGCUGGUGGCAGAUAGGAGCAGAUGUGGCAAUACUAGAGAAUUUGACUACGAUAAAUUGCAUGGCCGAGAUUCUCGUCGAAGGCGGCGAUGCCGUCACAGGUUUAUAUCAUAGAACUCCUCUGGAUUUCAUCAGCCGUGAAAGAUGGCACUGGUCUUUGUACUGGACCUAUUGGAUCAACAUAUUGCGUAAGGUGCAUAUAAAUUUUGCCUCGAGGAACCUGGUUUACGACAGCUUCAAAAACAUCGUGUGGCUGGAUAUCAAAGCGAGAGGGGCACUGCUAGCUUUCAUUCCUACUUCGCUGCUAUACUCGGGCAUCUUCUUCGCUGGCUGA